AUAUAAUUAAAACUGUCGAUAUUGCCCUUAACAACAGGAAACAUCGAGGCGUCGGUGAACAUGUGUUGCUGAUAACGUGCAGAGCCCCUUCCUCUGUUUACAAGCUCACUAGCUAAUUAGCUAAAAGCUAAACUAGAAUUUGUAUUUCUUGUUUAUCAAAAAAGAUGAUCCACUCGGUUUGAGGUUAUCUACUGGAUUGCCGUUUAUCAAAACAAAAAACAAAAAAACCGAACUAUCAGUGUGCUAGAUUAAGUUAGCAACACGAGGCUAACACGAAAAGCCACUUAGGUUAACUGCAUUGCAGUCAGAAUCUCUUUAGCUCUAGUUACCUGAUCGGCCAUGUUUUUACAGUCACACGGCAAAGCCGCCACCUAUGCAGCUACAAACAUCCAAAUUGUGUAACGGAACAACAAUGUCUGGCGACGGUUAUACGUCAUCCAUUGCCCCCAAGGGAGAGGCGAAGCCUAAAUGCAAGAUUUCCGCGUCACGCAAGCUAUCACUAAAGAUCCUUCUGCUGACUCGUGCAACGGAAGACCUGGAGGCAGAGAAGGCUGCAAACGAGGAAGAGAAGGUUCGAUACCUGAGGGAGAAGCUUCCACCGCUGCAGCUCAGUGGGUUAAACAUCGAUGAUCUGCAGAAAGUCUGUAAGGAGAUUCAUGAAAAGAUUCAUCUGGUGGACGAGGAUCGGUAUGACUGUGAGGCAAAGGUUCUCAAGAACUACAGAGAUAUCAAUGAGUUGCAGCUAAAGGUUCAGGACCUUGGAGGAAAGUUUAAGAAACCAGCUCUCAGGAAGGUGAGAGUGUCAGCAGAUGAGAUGUUGAAAGCUCUGUUUGGAUCGAAAACUAAGGGCUCCAUGGAUCUGAGGGCCAAUCUCAAGUCUGUAAAGAAAGAAGACAUCAAACAAGAGAAGGAGCUGACGAUGGAGGUGGGUGACUGGCGUAAAAACGUGGAGGCCAUGUCUGGUAUGCAGGGCAGGAAGAAGAUGUUUGAUGCUGCCGGUGGCGCCCAGUGAACCAAUUAUUUCGUGUGCUGACGAUGCAGGAUGUAAUGGAGGAAGAUUUAAUGAAAGAACUUUAAUUGAAAGUGAAAAAAAUUAACCAAAAUUUAACAUAACAUUUAUAAAAUAAAACUAAAAUGAGUCAAAAAUAAAAUGGGAUAGGCAAAAACUGAAAAUUAGAAACCUAAAAAUAAAUUAAUUCAUAAAUAACUGUAGUGGAGACUAAUACACGAUGAAGUUCAGAGCUUGGCCAUUAAAUAAGAUAUACUCCAUGAACAACUGGAUUGGUUGGAGUUAGAUUUUAGGCAUAUUAUUAUCAUUAUAUGGUGAUAAUACUGUAUUUCAUUUGUGAGUGCAGCAGAUUUACAUUGCUUGGUAUUGUCCUUGUACACGGUAAUGGAGCUGUGUUUCUUGUGUCUCCACUAAGGAAUGCCAUAAACUUGCAGUGCCACCUGAGAUAUUUAGUGCAAGGAUAUACUUAGCCUUUCUUCUUCUAUGGAAUGAAUUCCUCUCCGGUUAAAAACAGCAAAUAUUGUCACACACACUGAUACUUGUCCUUGAACUAGCGUCAAACACUGUCAGCAAGACAGGGGGUUGAAUAAUGAAGGGUGUUGUGGAUGGAGUCAGCAGCCUUUAAGGACUCUAAGGGUGAUGGAAAGAAUUUGUGUAUGACUGACAAUGCUGUUUUUACUGUGUAAAGUUAUUUCAUUUAGUAUAACAGUGGCCUAUAUGCACUACAAUAGUACAGCUUCUGUCUAUAUGAGCUAUGAAAUAAUCUGCCAUAACCCAGAAAUAUCAGUCUAGCCUCAAGACUAAGAAAAUCACAGAAACUGGCCUGCUAGUCUCUAUUUUUACUUUUACAAGAAUCAGGGUGUAUAGAUGUAUGUAUAGACAUGUACCUAAUGCCCAAAUCUGAGGUUUUGGCCCACAGUUUCUGCAGAUUUGUCAGCUGUAUAUCCAUAAUGCGAAUACUCCAAAGGUGCUCUGUUGGACUGAAAUUUGGUGACAGUAGCAAUGACAGUAGUGAGUACAGUAAACUCAUUGUCAUGUACAAAAAACUAGUUUGAGAUUAUUUGAGAUUUGUAACAUGAUAUUCUAUUCUGAUUGAAAUAAGCAGAAAAUGGGUACAGUGUGGUCAUAAAGGAUGGACAUUAUUAGCAACAAUACUCAGGUAGGCUGUGGCAUUUAAACAAUGCUUAGAUGAUAAAAAGGGACCCAAAGUGUGCUAAGAAAAUAACUCCCAUAACAUUACAUCACCUACAGCAGCCUGAACUGUUGAUACAAGGCAGGAUGGAUGCAUGCUGUCAUGUUGUUUACAACAUGCACGAAUUAAAUUACGACUUGUCAGACCAGGUAAUGUUUUUAUAGUCUUCUGUUGUCUAAUUUUGGUCCGCCUGUGUCAACUGUAGCCACAGUUUCCUGUUUCGAGCUGACAGGAAGUGACACCUGUUGCAGUCUUCUGCUGUUUUAAGGUUUGACAUGUUGUGCCUUUGAGGAAAAAAAAGCAAGACAUGUUUUCUGCAUACCUUGGUUGUGAUGAGUGGUUAUUUGAGCUACAUUUGCCUACCUAUCAGAUCGACGCACCCUGACUAUUCUAGUGUCAUCUCUGACAUCAACAAAGGAUUUCCACCUAGAGAACUACUGUUCACUGGAUAGUUUAUAUUUUUCAUACCAUUGUCUGUAAACCCUAGAGAUGAUUUUGUGGAAAUUUCGUGUAGAUGAACACGUCCCAUCCUUCACCAGGUUUUAACUUCAGCUAGUUAACUAUGCCUAAAUUCAUGAGAUUGCCUGAUAAGAUCGAUUGCUGACCGGCAGGAACACAAAUGUCUUUCAAGUUUAUCUGAAUGACUUUAAGAAUAAUUACCACUUACCAAUUAGAUCAAAGAUAUAACUUUAAGAACUGUAUACUGAAAUCCAUCAAGAGUAAUGUGAAAAUGUGCAGAGAUGUACCAAGGAGGAAUACAGUGAUGAUGCACCUAUAAAGCUUGUUUCUCUCCAAAGGUAAUUCAAUCAAUAACUAGAAUACCUCUUUUUUUGUUUUAAAUUAAAAGUUGUCUCAGUUCAUUACUUGCAUCCUGGGGCAGUUGUGGCUCAAGAGGCAGAGCAGUUUAUCUUCGAGUUGGAAAGUUGAUGGUUUGAUCCAAAUUUCUACAGCCUACAUGUUGAAGUAUCCUUUGCCAAGACACUAAACUCAGAGUCCCUUAUGAUGCACCUAUAUGAGUGUGUGUGGGAAUAUUAGGAAAGCUCUGAGGCAUGGAUAAAAGUGCUAUAUGAAUAAGUGUGACCGGGUGAAUCAAGCUUCCAGUAAAAAGUUCUUUGAGUGCUCAACUGAGGUACAAGUCCACAGUAUACCUCAGUAUAUAUCAGCUAUGUAAAACAACACAGUAAUCAAAAUGAACACAUUUAAGAGAAAUUUAUUUGCCAGAUUUGUCAAGGCAGUGUAACAUGGAAUAACCUGUCCCUGAGAGGAAACGCUUCAGAACAUUAAUGGAGAACCUAUUCCCAGCAUAAAAACAGUGCUGAGGUAUUUUAAAAGUAAACCAAGAGCACUUUAAGUCACUUGAAGGAGUGUAAAGGAGGAAAGGGAAAGUAUCCGUUAUUCCAGCAAAAUCACUAAACAAAUUUAGAAAGAGGCAAUGCUCGUAAAAGGAAAAACAAAAAAACAAACACAACACACUACUCUUAGCAGUGUUAUCAAUUAUAAAUGUUACAUUCAACUCUUCUUCUGUCUUCAUUGCCCUGAAUGACAAGUGAAAGAGUUCAGCACCUGUUAGUCAUUUUUACAGGCUACGCUAAAAAGGGAGGACAACUCCUUUGCUGACAUUGGAAUGUUAAAAAAUGAGAAAUUGCUGCCAUUACUCAAACAUUAAAUAACAACAUAACAAUGUGACAAACGACAAGAAUUUUCACUUAUUAAUCACAUUUUGUGGAAUUUCUCUGCUGACAGAAAUGACAACUUAAGGCAGGGAGCCAAAAAAAAAAAAGAAACAAAACAACCCCAACACAGAAAGCAGAAGCAUGAUCCAC